UCCACAUCUCGGUUAACUCGUCUUAGUCCUCAUUUAAGUGAGCCAAAACAAUAAGAGGCAAGGUGAGGUUAAUUUGGUCCCAAUAAAACCACUGAAGUAGCUAUUGAUCCUCUGACCGCUGUAGGGAUGUCGCUGACCACGGUUGAGGACGUCGGUGGGGUUGCGACGGGUCAAGCUCUAUCGGCGGACGGAAACAACGACAACGAAGAAACAAGAGGGAGGUCUACUAAGCGGGCUGCAGUGAUUGGCUCCAGUAAUGUAGAGUUUACAUGUGGAAAGGAUUACACUAGCGAGUUCACUACGACUCGGAUAUUCAAGAGCAGAGAUGAUCUAGUGGAAUGGGCCUGUGAAGUUGGGAGGUUGAAUGGUUUUAAAAUUAUAACAUUCAGGUCUGAAAAUGGUAAAGGCAAUAAGAGAGCAAGAAUUACAUUGGCUUGUGAGAGGAGUGGAAAGUAUGAUAGGCGAACUUCCAAGAGAGGGAAGAAUAGAAGACCUCAAGGAACAAUUAAGUGUGAUUGUCCUUUCAAAUUACAAGGCAAAAAGCUAGAAACUGAUGAUGAUUGGGAGUUGAAGGUUGUUAAAGGAAUCCAUAACCAUUCCGCCUGGUACUCGAACGCAGAUCUUUUAUUUUCUAGUAGAUUUCCUUCAGAUGGGAAAUCAAGGGAGAAUGAUGAGUUGAAGGAUGAUAUUCAGCAGCCUAUGGAGAUUUUACAGGAGGAUAAUGACCCCUCUGCUCCACCCUUGCCUGAGAUUGUUUCAGACGGGAAAUCAAGGGGGAAGGAUGAGUUGAAGGAUGAUAUUCAGCAGCUUUUGGAGAUUUUACAGGAGGAUAAUGACCCUUUUGCUUCACCCUUGCCUGAGAUUGUGGAAUUUGCACAAUGCAGUUCUGUUGGUAGUCCUAUAGUGCAUUGAAAUCAAGAAGGCCAAUCAAAUGAGAAGGUAUAUCACAUCCCACUUAAGUUUAUAGGUGCAUGCCCAGCUGUUUUGAGGCCAUACAUCCUUGAUAUUAAGGAUGUGGUAAGUGAUGGUCACUGCGGUUUCAGGGCUAUUGCAUCAUUGUUGGGUAACAAUGAUGAGGAUGGAUGGGUGAAAGUGCGAAGGGACUUAAUAAAAGAGCUAGAGCUUAAUUCAACUCAGUAUGCCCAACUUUUCAAGUCAGACUCAUCAGACAAAGGGAUUAAUGAGCUACAUAAAGCAUUGGCAUGUUUUGACCGUACAUGUUCUGACAAGAAGCACCAGAUGAUUAUGCCCAACAUGGGGCAUAUUAUUGCAUCUUGUUAUAAUGUUGUACUCAUACACUUGUCUUCAGUCCAAUGUUUUACAUUCGUACCACUUGGGACUUUGCCAUUAUCACUCUCAUCUCCUAGGGAGAUUGCUGUCGGAUUUCUCAAUGGCCAUUUUGUGCAGCUUUUGUUGAAACCUGGUCAUCCGAUGCCUCCUAUUGCACGAGAUUGGGAAGAAUACCAUAAAUGUGAACAAAGUUUCACAUUGCAUGAUUCUGUCCGGCUACCGUUGACACCUGGUCAUCUGAUGCCUCCUAUUGCGAGAGAUUGGGAAAGAUGUUGUAAACGUGAACAAAGGUUCAUAGAAGAAUGGACCACCUUAUACUCUGCUCGUGUGGAUCAUUUCAAAGCCUUACAACCCGAGGUCUUCUUGAAAAUUGAUACAUGAGUGCUUGAAAAUGAUUGAUGUUGGCAGUUGUAGAUGUGCAUAUAUGUUGGGUUGGAUUGAUUAACAACUGUGCCCGUAGUUGCACUCGGGGUUGUUUAAGGAA